AUGCCGGUCCGCUUGCAUGUUUGGAUGCCGCACUCGCCUGGGCUUGCCUACCAGGCAACCGAUCGCGCCGAUCGAAAUCCAAUGCCCGGGGACACUGCCUGGCGUCGGAGCUGGCUGGGAGGCAGCAUCCAAACAGGCGCGCUGGGCGUUGCCCCGCCCGGGUGGCCUGACAGCAUCGCCACGCCCGAGAAACAAGAAGUGAAUAACGAGAAGAAUCGAAGGCUGAUUGAGACCCCGAAUCUCCUUCUCUACAUCGAGAACAUGGCUGUAAGGAUGGCUGGUUGGCUCCCAGAUCCAAGUGAAGAGAGGUUUCCGAAAACAUGCCAGGUUGGAUUUGGUCUUGUUCUUGGUUCAGACGGCAAGCAGUUCCGAACCUGCAGUACUAAGGUUGUUUUAUUGGUAGAUCUAUUUGAUGAGGCUAAAUCUCGGAGCAAAUCAGAACUACUACAAUCGCUCACUGAAAAUGAAAAAUGGGAAUUUUCAGGAUUGGGGUUUCUAAAGAUGAGUAAGAAAAUGCCACUGUUACCUCUAGAUGUGACUCAGGUGUUGAGCAAAUGGGAAUUGUAUCACACGUCCUCAAUGAAGGCCUAUAGCAUGAAGCAGGCAAGACAAAGCGCGGUUGUUAGGAGUUUUGAGAAAUAUGGAGACUCCAAGGGCAUCGCCGCAUCGCUUUUCUGGGACGCGCAUUGCUCCAUCAAAGGAGACGCGGUCGCGGGACUUGGACGCGACGGUGCGGCGGCAGGGGACCCACGUCCAUCAAGGGAGACGCGGCUGCUUCCGUCCCCAUUCGCCGCCGCAGCGCGCCGAGCCCUGUCCAGAUCGCCGCGGCACUUCCUGCCAGCGUCGGCGCGGCGCAGGUAUCCUGUCCUCGCACUGGAUCUGCCUUCUGCUUCUGCUGAUUUGCGCUGGGUUUAG